AUGAACCUGCAUGAUGGCAACGUGUCAGAGUUUAUCUCUAACGCUGUCAGAGCCAUUACCGUUCAACCUCUGGAACCCAACCCCUGGCCACCACGUGGAUUUGAGGACAGCGCACCCAGAAACACUAAUGUGACAAACCUGGGAUGUCACGGUAACAACGCCCUCCGUCACGGCAUCGACUCACAGUUGGGGAACUGGUCUCAUAGUGGAGUUUACACUGAGGUGGACAGCAGGUUUUACAUGAAUCAGUGUCCUCCUCGUGAGAUGGAGAAGAACUGGGCAGCACUAUUGAUUUUAGUCGUCAUUGCCGUCACUGUGAUGGGCAACAUCCUGGUGAUCCUGGCCGUCUCCUUGGAGAAGAAGCUCCAGAAUGCCACUAACUAUUUCUUGAUGUCACUGGCAGUCGCUGACAUGCUCCUAGGCAUCCUGGUCAUGCCGGUCUCCAUGGUGACCAUUCUCUAUGAUUAUGGGUGGCCUCUACCCCCUGAGCUUUGUCCCAUCUGGAUCUACCUGGAUGUCCUGUUCUCCACAGCAUCCAUCAUGCACCUCUGCGCCAUCUCUCUGGAUCGAUACAUCGCUAUACGAAACCCGUUCCAACACAGCCGCUUCAACUCCCACACCAAGGCCCGUAUCAAAAUCAUGGCAGUCUGGACCAUUUCAGUGGGGAUCUCAAUGCCGAUUCCUGUGUUGGGACUCAGAGACCACUCCAAGGUCUUCAAAGAUGACAGCUGCCUGCUGACAGAUAACAACUUCGUGCUGGUCGGCUCCUUCGUAGCCUUCUUCAUCCCUCUCACUAUCAUGGUCGUCACCUACUUCCUGACCAUUAAGGCCCUGCAGAAUGAAGCCACCCUCUGCUUGGACCAGCUGGUUCCACGGCCCAAGUGGAGCACAACAUUUACAUUGAGCUUCUUACCACAAACCUCAAUCUCCUCUGAGAAACUCUUCAGGCGCUCAAUAAGCCGUGAGGCCGGUGGUAGAGGGAGUAGCAGCGGCAUUGCAAGCUCACGUGGGAGUGUCUCUGGCUCGCUGUUUGGCCGCCGCACCAUGCAGUCGAUCAGCAACGAGCAGAAGGCAUCUAAGGUCCUGGGGGUGGUGUUCUUUCUCUUUGUGGUCAUGUGGUGCCCGUUUUUCAUCACCAAUGUGCUGGUGGUGGUGUGUGACUCUGCAGUGUGUGACGCGGGACUCAUGGGAGGCCUUCUGAAUAUUUUUGUCUGGGUGGGAUACCUGUCCUCUGCAGUCAAUCCUCUGGUCUACACGCUGUUUAAUAAAACAUACCGCGCAGCAUUCCUUCGCUAUGUUCGCUGCCAGUACCGGCCGGAGAAAAAGCCUCUUCAGCUCAUCCUGGUGAACACCAUCCCACCACUCGCUUACAGCUCCACCCAACUGCCCCUCAGCCAAAUUGCGAAGUUACGAAACGGAGCAGCACAUGCUAGUGGCGAAGUUAAGGAAUUCUCUUUACCCGAUCAAGAAACACACAAGUGUAAAGACAAAGAUGAGAGUUGUGUGUGA